AAUAACAAAAAUAAAUCAAAAAACAGACAAAGUUUCUCCGUUGUCGAUUAUAACUUGUGUAUUCCAUCCAGUUUACUGAUUAGCUGAAGUGCAAUAAAACCAUUGGAAUAUUAAUUGGACAACCACAGAAAACGAGAUAAAAGUUACGGGAAUAAAAUUCAGUUGCGGUUUAUAAUUCCAACUACACAGACUACUAAACAAAGCAAAGUCACCAUAAAAUGGCCUCCUUUCGUUUGGGUCCACUGACGCACUCUGUGCCAAUGUCACUCUUCCGCAAAAACCGUGAGAAAUUGUGCGCUGCACUGAAGCAACAUAGUUCUAUUAAACCUAAAGCACAUGUUUUAUUGGCUGGCGGCGACGAUGUUAGCUUCAAUGAUACAGAUGUGAGCUAUCCUUUCCGUCAGGAGUCCUAUUUCCAGUAUUUGUUUGGCGUCAAGGAGCCUGGUUGUUAUGGUGUACUGAAUGUUCAUACUGGCAUAUCCAAUUUAUUUGUGCCGCGUUUACCAGAAGAGUAUGCCACUUGGAUGGGAAAAUUGUAUACAUGUGAGGAAUUCAAACGAAUGUAUGAGGUAGAUGAGGUCCGUUAUGUGGACGAACUGAAUUCAUUCUUCGCGAACGCACAACCUUCGGUCAUACUGACGUUGAGUGGGCUCAACACGGACAGUGGCAUAGUAUCCAAACCAGCGCGUUUUGAAGGGAUCGAAAAAUUUAUCGUCGAUUGUGAAAUCUUACAUCCAGUGAUAGCUGAAUGUCGCGUCAUCAAGUCACCCGAAGAGAUUGAGGUUUUGCGUUAUGUCGCGAAAGUGUCCUCGGAUGCGCACAUACGUGUUAUGCAAUUUAUGCGCCCAGGACGUUCAGAGUAUGAAGGUGAGGCUGUAUUUUUGCAUCACGCCUACGCUGUUGGUGGCUGUCGGCACGCCUCGUACACUUGCAUUUGCGGUAGUGGUGUGAAUUCUGCGGUGCUGCACUACGGACACGCGGGUGCACCAAACGACGGACCAGUACGUGAUGGAGAUAUGUGCCUAUUCGACAUGGGCGCAAAUUAUUGUGGUUAUGCAGCUGAUAUAACAUGCAGCUUCCCAGCAAAUGGUAAAUUUACCGAAGAUCAAAAGUUUAUAUAUAAUGCCGUCUUGGCUGGACGAAACGCUGUGCUGGCAGAAGCACGCGAAGGCGUCUCAUGGGUAGAUAUGCACAAGUUGGCGUGUCGUGUUAUGCUAAGGAAAUUGAAAGAAGGUGGCAUGCUUAAAGGUGAUGUAGAGGAUAUGCUUGACGCUGGUUUAGCGGGCAUUUUCCAACCACACGGUCUCGGUCAUUUGCUCGGUUUGGAUGUGCACGAUGUUGGUGGCUACCUAACAGGACAACCAGAACGCCCAGCUGAACCAUGGCUGUGUAAAUUGCGUUUCGCACGCACUUUGAAAGCGGGCAUGUACGUGACCGUUGAACCCGGUUGCUACUUCAUUGAAUAUCUAAUGGAUCGUGCACUUGCCGAUCCCAAUCUGAACAGAUUCAUCGUGAAAGAAGUGUAUGAACGUUUCCGUAAAUUCGGCGGUGUGCGCAUAGAAGACGAUGUCCUGAUUAAAGAUGGCGGUUGUGAGAAUUUCGCCCAAGUACCACGCACCGUGGAGGAAAUCGAGCAGACCAUGGCUAAUCGCAAGGAAUAAGCAAGUUGUUACCUGGCAAGCAACUAUCUAACACGUUAUUCAACGAUAGUUUCGUGUAGAUUAGAUUGCUGUGAAUGAUUUAUACUUGUAUACCUUAAAUGAGAAAAAAAUAAUGCUUUAACACAUUGUAUAUGUAUAUAUUCCCUAUUGGAAAUUUAUGAUGGCUACAUUAUAUAUUUUUGUUAUUGGCUCUGCUAUUAUAUAUUGAAUAAAGAAAAGUCUAACUAUU